AUGGUCCACAUUCCGAAGGCAGUCUACAAGGCCGUUUACGCGCAUCUGUACGAGAAUGCGUCUCUGGCUCUGAAGGAAUACUGGCGCGUAGGGAACGUGCCAGGGAUCACGUAUGUCGAUGAGAAUGGCAAGCUCUGCAAUCCCACCUAUCUUCACGUCAAUUGUAUAAUGCAGUCUCUUGAGUCCCGUGGCGUUGUGAAGGAUACAUUCGCCUGGAGACACCACUACUAUCUUCUCACUGAGAAGGGCGAGCAGUUCAUCCGCAAGGAGUUGGAUCUCACCGACGAUGUUCUCCCGACGCCGUAUUCGAAGCCUAGUAUUAAGCCUCCUCAAUAUGCACAGUGCUUCUCGUCGAAGGGCAAGCCCGAUAGAGCCCCCCAGCCUAAGCCCGAUGAAGCAAAGUAA